UUCAUCAACAGAAACGUAUUUAUUUAGACAUUUAAAAAAAUAUCGACAAAAUAAUUGUAUUUUUAAAGAUGGCAAACUCGGGAAUUCAACUUUUAGGAUUCGCCCUGUCACUCGUCGGUGUCAUUGCACUUAUCGUGGGGACCAUUCUUCCACAGUGGAAGAUGUCUGCGUACGUAGGAGACAACAUCAUAACGGCGGUUGCCAUGUACCAAGGGCUAUGGAUGUCUUGCGCUUUUCAGAGCACAGGGCAGCUCCAAUGUAAAAUCUACGACUCGAUCCUGCAGCUAGACGGCACUCUCCAGGCCACACGUGCCCUGAUGAUUGUUGGCAUCAUCGUAUCCAUCGCUGGGCUGGGCGUGGCCAUCAUGGGCAUGAAGUGUACCACUUGCGGAGGAAACAACAAAGUGUGGAAGUCUCGCACCGCCAUGACUGGAGGCGUCAUUCUACUGGUUGGAGCUCUGUGUGCAUUAGUGGCCUGCUCGUGGUUCGCUCAUAAUCUCAUCUGGGCCUUCUAUAACCCGUAUUCUCCUGUCAACACCAAGUUUGAGUUUGGGGCAGCCAUCUUCAUCGCCUGGGGGGGUUCUUUCCUGGAACUGCUGGGGGGAGCCAUGCUGGCAUCUUCCUGCCCCAGGAGUAAAAAGCCGGUGCCCAAAUAUCCUGUCAUGGGUGGCGUGAGUGCUCUCUCACCAUCCAGCAGCACCAAGGAGUAUGUGUGAGCUAAAUCAUGCUGCCAGGUUAUAAUGAGAUUCACAGAAAUUGUUGUGAGGUUUACAGAUAUGCCCACACCCCACCCCACCCCAGCAGGACCGUUGUGAUGUCUCUCACCCGCUCCCAAAAUUCCACAAUUGUUUAUGAGUGGGCCUCACAAAUACACUAUAAUUGGUUAUUGGAUCCCCCUUAUAUUAUGUUUUAGGGUGCAU